AUGGAAGCAGACAAUGCCACAGGAAUUUCAGAGUUUCUUCUUCUGGGAUUAUCAGGGGAACCAGAAUUACAGCCCAUCAUAUUUGGGCUUUUCCUCUGCAUGUACCUAAUCACUGUGCUGGGGAACCUGCUCAUCAUCCUGGCCGUCAGCUCAGACUCCCAUCUCCACACCCCGAUGUACUUCUUCCUCGCCACCCUGUCCAUUGCAGACAUCUGCUUCACCUCCACCACCAUCCCCAAGAUGCUGUGGAACAUCCAGACUCAGAGCCAAGUCAUCACCUAUGCCGGCUGCCUCACACAGAUGUACUUUUUCUUAAUCUUUGGAGACUGUGACGACCUUCUCCUGACUGUGAUGGCCUAUGACCGCUUCGUGGCCAUCUGUCACCCCUUGCACUACACAGUCAUCAUGAACCCUCGGCUCUGUGGACUUCUGGUUCUGGUGUCCUGGGUCAUCAGUGUUCUCAAUUCCUUGUUACAGAGUUUAAUGGUGUUGCGACUGUCCUUCCGUGCAAAGGUGGAAAUCCCCCAUUUUUUCUGUGAAUUCAAUCAAGUAGUUGGGCAGGCCUGUUCUGACACCUUCCUUAAUGAUAUGGUUAUGUAUUUCGGGAUUGUGCUGCUUGGUGGCGCUCCUCUGGCUGGUAUUCUUUAUUCCUACUCUAAGAUUGUUUCCUCCAUACGUAGGAUAUCCUCAGCUCAGGGUAAAUAUAAAGCAUUUUCCACC